CUGGCCCGGCUGAAGCAGCUGAACCGAUCCGCAGUUCAUCUCAUUGCGAGCCGCCUCACAGAGGAUUGUCCAUCAUUCGAGAAACCGAUUCAUGAAUUGAACGUGGGGGAUCUCAUACGCGAGAUCAGAGAUUUCCACGGUGAGUCGAACGACUUCAUCCGGUACGACAUGCCCAUCAAGGAGAUCGUAUUUCGGACGUUCCUUAUCCGUGGGAACGAACCGAUUGCGCUAACCGAUCUACACCACGAGUUGACCGGACGCUGGAGCAACGCCCUCCGACCGAUUUCCAUUGAGGAGUCGCUGCUGCGCCGGGUAUUGGAGACGGACGUUUACUACGGAUUUGCUGAAGUGUAG